CAUAGGCGGUUGGGUUCUCUUCUUCUUCGAUUCGCGCUCUCUUUGGGUUUAGCUAUUAAUCAGAAUUUUGGGGCUUUAGGGUUUGCUGCUUGUUAAUGGACUUCUUCAGCGCCUUCGUCCCACGGCAAUAAAUCUACAAUGGCAGCAGACGUGCCAGUGAAUCUCGAGGUGGUCAAUUCAUGUUGUGCUGCGUGGAAAAAGAAGUACUCAAAGAUUGAAAACAGACGAAAAGCUCUGCGGGAAGCUGUGGACGUCCUUACGGAAGCAUAUGAUCAAGAGAAAGCUCGAGCAGAUAUUGAGAAAGGGGAGAAAGAGAAAGAAUCUUCCAUUAGGAUGUCUUUGGAGAAUGAAAUUUCUGGGUUGAAAUCUGAGAUAUAUUCUCUAAAGCAGAGAGGAAAUGCAGAUGCUCAAAAUAGAAAUGAAGUAAACCUUCUUAAAGCUCAAGUUUCUGACUGCGAAAAAGAAAUUAAUCGUCUCAAAGACCUAAUUGAGAGAGAGAAGAAAAGGGCAGAGUCAGAAAGUAAGAAUGCAGAAGUGGAGAAGAAAAAGGCUUGCGAAGCACAUAAAGUUGCUAAAGCUGAAAAAAGUAAGGCUGAUGAAGAAAGGAAGCGCGCCAAUACUGAAAAAGAGAAGGCUGAUAAUUAUGAGCUUCAGUUGGAGGUAUUGAAGAAAGAAGCGCAUAAAGCAAGUUCUAAUUUGGCCUCUGAAACAUUGAAGCUUGUUGAGGCAAACAAAAAGCUUGAAGCAGAAAAACAGAAGGUGGUCAAGGAGAGAGAAUGUGCAAAUUCAGCGGUGGUGAAAGCAGAGGAGCAAAACAAGUUUGCAGAAGUGAAUAGGAAGAAGAGUAUAGAAGAAAAAAGUCGCGCCGAACGUUUGUCUCUGGAAUUGGUAGAGAGUAGGAAAAGGAUUGAUGAGUUACAGAAAGAGUUAAAUGAAAUUAGGUGUUCAAGAGAAUUGCACGAGGCUCCUGGCGGCCAACCUGAUAAUAAUAGAAAGGUAAUGGAGCUUCCAAAUUUUGAGGAAGCAUAUAAAAGGUAUGAAACUGAAAAACAGAAGGCAAUCAAGGAGAAAAAAAGGGCAGAGUCUGAGAUGGCGAAAGCUGAAAAGCAGAAAAAGCUUGUGGAAAUGAAUUGGAAGAAGGCUAUGGAAGAAGAAUCUCGUGCUGAUCAUCUGUUUACGCAGUUAGACAAAGCUAAGAAGAAGAUUGAGGAGUUAUCCUCUAGAAAAUUGAUUGAGGCAUCUGCUGUUGAACUUGGAAAAGAUAUGGGUGCUGAAAGUGCGAAAGUGAAAGAUUUGAAGAAACAACUUAAGUUUGAGAAAAUGCAAAAGAAGCAUGCCAAAGAAGUAGUCAAGCUGGAAAGAAGUCGGAACAGCAUCCUGCAACAAGAACUAGGUCGCUUGAAGUUUGAGUUCAAUCAAUUUUCACAGCGCCUGGGUAUGCUAAAUACAGCUUUCUCGCAUAGUGCGGAAGGUAUAGAUGACCCAGAAAAGAUGAACAUUGAAAGUGGAUUUAAACGUCUGAAGCCGAACUGCCCAGUUUUGGAUGCAUCUCAACGUACUGCACCAUUUCUUCCUUUAUCUGGAGGAAACUGCACUGAUUCUAUUUCAGGUAUUGAUUAUAUAUUGGAGUCUCCUGUCAGAGGCUCUAACAGAAAAAUGUUACAGAGUUAUCCAAUAAAUUCCAGUACAGCAUCUUUUUCUGAUGGACAGUUGGUGGGCUCACAGGAUAAGGGUGCCUUUUCUCUUACCGCGUCAGAAAAAUUGGUUGAAGAGAAUGUUCAACCAACAAUAUCCAACUUGUCUGCUGAGGUUACCAAAAUAAAUUGCUAUGAAAAUGUUGCCGUGGUGGCUGAAAAUAGUGUCAGAAGUCCUGUCAGAACUGAUGGGGUUGGAAGAGUUGAUGAGCAGAGUAGGAAGAGAAAGAGGAUACUUCAUGCAGUUGAAUCAAUUGAAAAUCUAUAUUUUGAGGGUAAGAAGUUGCACCUGCGGGUAGAGGAGAACCUUUCUGUUUUGCACUGUUUGUUGAACAAGCAAAUUGAAAAACCUUUUGAAGAAGGGAGGAAUCUGCUUCCUGGUCUUCAGGGUGAUUCAUAUGCAAAGCAUGGAAGGGAUUAUGAGAAGGGGAAGGAAAGUACUGAAGAGAAACUAAUAAUGCAGAAUUAUGCUGAUGGUAAUGAGCAAAAGAAGGCCAAUAAAUUUGAAAAUGAAGUCUGUGGAUGUGCAAAUGUCUGCAGACAAGUUUCAAAAAAGGCCAAUGAGCUGGUAUUGGUCCCUCAAGCAAGCAGAGAUGGCACAAGUGAUUUUGAAACCAUGUCAAGUUUUUAUGAAGUAACUGAUGGGAACUACUUGAAACUGUUAGACUUGGACAAUGCUGCUGAUGAGGAAUUGUAUCGGAUGGCAAAGGAAAUGCCACUGUCUCCUACACUUCCCGAGAUUGAGUUUCGUGGUGUUGAAAGAUCCAAUGUGGAGAUAAAUUCGAAUAACUUGUAUUUUGAUGAUUCUGAAAUUUUCAAUAAUUCAGUAGGGCAUAAGAAUGGAGACACCGUUGAUUCUUUUACCAUAAUAGGGAAGACUGGGAAUGGUAAUUCUAUUGCAAUGAGAACAGAUUGUGGUGUCCAGGACUCUGGUGCUGAAGUGAUGUCUAAUGCUCCUAAUUCAAGAAAUGAGGAGGCUAUGGUCCCAUUUGGAAGUGAACUUGGGUAUGCGGGUGGCGAUAUCCUUACGUGUUAUGUUGUGUUCUCUAAUAUUAAAGACAGCAGCAGCAUUUCUAGGAUAUGUUCUGCUUCCAGAACUUGUAUUACACAGUGCUCUUUGGCUACUCAUACAGAUUGGAUGGUUCGAGAAAUUCUGCUUGCUCUCAAGACUGAAGAAAAUCUUUUUCCCAAGGAAAAGGUAUGUGUUUUCUUCUCAGUGUUGCUGCUUAACUUCUCCACUGCUGCUUUGAGUAAAUUUGGGAGCUUGAAGUGGACGUCCAACCUCUGUUUGGAUGCUUUUGCCCGACACGUGGGCUCAGUGAUGUCUGAUGGGGAUGGAAGAAGCAUAUUUGCAGAACUUGGUUGUUUGGACGAAUCACUUAGUCUCAUUGAGGAUUUCUUAAUAAAUGGAAGAGUUCUGGUGUGUAAGGAUGCAUCUUCCGAGGCCCGGGUAGAGUGUCACUCUAUGGUGAACAUCCUAUGUGAUGGCAUACAUAUAUCCUCUCGACCCGCAUCAGCAGAUGAGUUGGUGGCAGGGAGCAUUGUAUUAGCAUCAAUAUGUGCAGCGUUUGACCAUAUUGGUUUUAUAAGUGAAAUGUCGUACAGCAUUUUGCAGAUUAGUAGAUCUAAUCAUUCAUUAGUUCUGACUAUUCUGCAUGCUUUUGCUUAUAUUGGGGGAGAGAAGUUUUUUAACUUUUGCAAUUUCAAUUUAGUUACUGUCAUGAGAUCUAUAGUUACAUAUCUCGAGAAAGUAAGCAUAUCAAAUUCUUCUGGCUCUUGUAUUCCAUCUGCAAGCAAUUCUCAAACAGUGUUCUGUACACGUGUGAAAUGCCCAUUUUCUGAGGAUGCAGUUUCUGUAGAUACUGCUACAUCAUUUCUUUUAGAAAGGCUCCAAAUUGGUGCUUUGUCAGGAGCUACAUAUCAAGAUGCGAUGGAAUCAGGCAGUUCGAAUUCGAAUUCCUGUAUCCUGUUCAAAAAGUAUAAAGCUGAACGAAUUGCAAACCCUGAUAAUUGUGGACUUGGUGUGCACGGUGAUUUGUCCUGUUGUUUAAAUAAGUUUGCAGUGCCUAGUAUUCAAUCAGACUCUUCUACCAAUUUCACUCUCUGCGAUCUCAGUGAUCUCCUAUCCUUGGUGGAGUUGGUUGCAAUCAACAUGAGCUGGGAAUGGACAAGUGCCAAGAUUGUUCCUCGGCUGUUGAAAGUGUUGGAAUCGUGCAUGACUGAGAAUGUGAUUGCUGGAAUUGUUGUUCUCCUUGGCCAGCUUGGGAGGCUUGGAGUUGAUGCCCUUGGAUAUGAAGAUAAAGGCUUGGAAAUCUUGAGGUGUCAAUUGUCUGUAUUUUUAUGCCGGGACUCUGCAAUUAGUGUCGGUCUCCCCACUCAAAUUGCCACUGUUACAGCAUUGCUGGGCCUUAUGCCUUCUGAUUUUGAAACAAUUAUUCAGGGAAAUGUGGAGCCUGCAGCCAUUGCAAGUCAGUCUGAUCCAGCUCAGUCUAUGAGGAAGUGGUUUUUUUCGCUGCCAAAGAAGCAACAGGACUUGUCACUUGGCAUUCUACAAACAGCUGGUAUAUUUGAAACAACUGGGCGUGUUUAAACUGCAACGGUACACUGACGUGUAGUGGAAAUGUUGACGCAAUUUUUGUAUGGAUCAUCCCAAGAUUUUCUUUUUCUCUUUGGGGGGUUGAAAUUAAUUCAGAGCAGGGGAUUUUGGUCAAUUCCACCAUUUGAAUAGGGUGCUACCUUGAAGAAAUUGAGGAUUUCUGUCUGAGACGGCCGACGGGAAUGCAUUUUUGUUAUUUUCACCGAAGAGCUUGUAAAUUUCUGAGCCAGCUAUUGCGAUAGUUUGUAAAUUUUGUUAUGAAAUCAUUUCUUCAGGUCAGUAAAUUGUUGCGUUUUGACCCUUCUUGCA